CAAUAUUUCGUCUCUGACCUGUCACUGGUCAGAUAUGUAUUGCUGUCUACCUUUUUCUCUUUUACUUGCCGUCUUCUUCCACCCUUCUUUCUCACCGGUCCUUGCUUUUUCAUCUUCCAAUUCAAAAUCCCUAGAGCCUCCAUCGCUCUCAAAACGCACCUUCGCCAAAAGAGACUACACGACAUAUGGUUAUUAUGUUCUCGAACUUGCAACGUCGCCCAAUCCACUGAGGUCUAGUUCACCUCUGCUGCCCACCUUAGACAGACUACUGUCAUUAGAUGAAGUAAGCGAAAUGCUUGGUGUGCAAGUCAUCGAGCCAGCAGGAGAGCUCGAAGGACAUUGGUUAGUGAGAGCAGAUGAGAUGCUGCCGGAAUUGGGAGAGAGGAGUAUAGAAGAGAGGGACUUUGUGCUGGACACAUUCGAACGGUUGAAGGCCAGAGCACGGGCCGACGGCUUACAGCGAAGGACUUUGGACAUUGUUGCUCGCCAAUUCGCCUCUUCUGUCAAAUCGCUCGAGCGCCAGGUACCACGGCAACGAGUGAAGAGGGCCCCAAUUGAUAUUAGGCAGGACGUCGAUUCUACGGCUCGCGUGGUCGCCUCUCGUCUUGGUAUCCAGGAUCCUCUCUUUCCUGAUCAAUGGCAUUUGAUCAACGAUGAUUUUCCACAACACAUGAUGAACGUUACUGGUGUUUGGGAAGAACUAGGUCUAACUGGAAAGGGUAUCAUCUCUAGUCUUGUCGACGACGGGCUGGACUACGAGAGCGAAGAUCUCAAAGAAAAUUUUGAUGCUCUCAACUCGUACGAUUUCAACACUCACGUUGAACUUCCUACUCCACUACUUCCUGCAGACCACCACGGCACUCGAUGUGCUGGUCAAAUCGCUGCUUCGAAGAACAACGUAUGUGGAGUUGGCAUUGCGUAUGAAUCCCGCGUCGCUGGUGUGCGAAUUCUCUCCGGUCCCAUUUCUGACGUGGACGAAGCCGCUGCUCUUAAUUACGGGUACAAUCGAACUGAAAACGGCGUCGACAUUUACUCGUGCAGCUGGGGUCCGCCCGAUGACGGUAAAUCAAUGGAGGGUCCUUCUCCUCUCAUCUCCAAAGCUUUCAUCAACGGCAUCAAUCGAGGACGAGGGGGCAAGGGAAGCAUAUUCGUUUUCGCAUCUGGAAAUGGAGCAGCAAAGGGAGAUCAGUGCAAUUUCGAUGGUUAUACGAAUAGUAUAUAUUCCGUUACGGUUUCUGCCGUCGAUUACAAGGGACUUCACCCGUACUACAGUGAACCUUGUGCAGCAAACUUGGUUGUAGCUUAUAGCUCGGGAAGCGGGAAGCACAUCGUCACUACCGACAAAGGCAAGAACGAGUGCGCGACCACUCACGGUGGUACUUCUGCCGCUGCGCCCAACGCAGUCGGUGUCAUUGCUCUCGCACUACAAGCCAACCCGAAUUUGACCUGGCGCGAUGUACAGUACAUAUCUAUCGAAACCGCUAAGAUGAUCAACGAAGACGACUUGGACUGGGAAGAGACUAGCUCAGGGCGAAUGUACAGUUACAAGUACGGCUAUGGCGCUAUGGACGGCUGGGCUUUCGUUCAAAAGGCAAAAGAGUGGAAGAAUGUUGGACCACAGGCUUGGUACCACACACACUCCGUGCAAUUGGAAAAUGGGGCGUUCAAUGCGUCGGGAAAUUUCAGCGGAGGCGCUUUGAUUCCUGCUUCCAAAGCGGGUAUCAAAUCCUCCCUGGAUAUCACUGCGGAUAUGCUCUCCCAUUCGAAUUUGGAUCAGAAUAGGCUGGAACAUAUCCAAGUUCGUGUUUGGAUCCAACAUGCAAAGAGAGGGGAUGUUGAAGUUGAAAUUGUGAGUCCCCAUGGAGUGAAGAGUGUGCUUGGUGCAAAGAGGGACAAUGAUGCGAAUAACGAUGGAUAUCCCGGGUGGAUUUUCAUGAGCGUUAAACAUUGGGGCGAAAAUCCUGUCGGAACAUGGACCAUUCGCGUCUCCGACCAAUCCCAUUCCAACGCACAAUCAGUUGGGUCAUUCAUAGGCUGGAGUAUGGUUCUGUGGGGCACAGCAUUGGAUGCGACCAAAGCCCGACUCUACGAAUUCCCCACGUACGAAAAAGACUCUGAUCGAUGGAUCUUUCCGCCGGUCGAGGAUAAUAACCCAGACGACGGAAGCGAAGUUCCUAGUACGACACGUUUACCUACGCGUCCCACAGACCACCUUCCGGAAGACCAUGGUACAGCCGAAGGCGAGGCCAGCAAACCAGCUUUCGGUGGAGGAUCCUCCAAUUCAAGUUCACCUACGUCUACACCAACUGCCGACGAAGGGUACUUUGCCGAUCUUUCCAACCUGUCCUCUAAUCAGAAAUGGUUCGGAGGUGCGAUCGCUAUCGUCGUCCUCUUUGGUCUUUCUGCUGCGGUGUAUUUCUGGCAGAGACGGAGAGCGAUAAAGAGGAAGAUGGCGUACGAGAGUUUGGCGGGUAACGAUGAGGUGCCUAUGACUUCGAUGAUGGAGUCGAGUGCGUUGGUUGGCGGAGGAGCAGGAGGUGGAAGAGGCAAUUCUACUGCCAGCGGCAGAGUACCCAGGAGUGGUCGAACGAGAGAGUUAUAUGAUGCAUUUGGAGAUGUGUCAGAUUCUGAUGAAGACGAUGAAGAUGCGAAUGAAGAGACGAGACUGCGUAGGAGCGAUCAAGGUGACGUUGAGCGAGUAGGAAGGAACGAGGUUGGGUUCCAUUCGGGAUUUUUGGAUGAUGAGGAUGCUGUGUCGCCUAUGGGUAGCGCAACUCGUCUGACAUCGGGAACAAGACCAGUGGAAGGGGCAUAUCGGGAUUAACUCAAGCUGACAAGUGAUCGCGGACAGAGAUAUUUAUUAUUGUCAGGGCAAAGCACUGGAUAUUGGUAUAUUAGUAUAAUGCGCGUCCUUGCAUGGUGGCAAACACAGUAACUGAGUUGAUUGAGCAA